ACAAUGGUCACAAAUUAGUCGCCAACAGGCAAAUCGUUCCAAAAUGGUGGCAAAUUUGCGACGGUUGUGUGACUGUGAUCUAUUAGUCACAAGGCAAAAUUUUGAAAUCUACACAUUUCGAUCCAAAAUGGUGACAUAUAUCACUCUAUAACACUCAUAUUAGGGUUAUAGAGGACAUAUAUUUGUUUAAGGUUACAAAACUUUGCAAAACUCAAGUAAUGUAGAGUUUUUACUAAAUCCCUAAACAUUACUCAUAUGAGUAAUGUAAUAUCAUAAAGAGAUUUGUUUGUUUUUGAUAUUUUGUUUCUAAACAUCAGUAUUUAUGACUUUGGUUAAGAUUUUCUUGAUGAGUAAUAUCAAAUAAGUGUAGAAAUGUUUAACUUUAUAUGUAAGCAAAUUUAAAAUGUGAAAAGUGAGAAAACAAAAAUCGAGAGUUGGCAAAUAGUCGCAUAUGAGUCGCAAUCUCAGGUGCUAGUCGCAAAACAGUCGCAAAAUCUUCAGGUGCUAGUCGCAAAUGACCGACUAGUUAGCGACUAGGAGAAAAUUGGUGGAGAAUAAACGUUUCAAUAUACGUUUGUCGCAAAACGGUCGCAAAUUUGCGACUGAUUUGCGACGUAUUUUAAAGGAAAGACAAAUGGGUAAAACGACGUCGUUUAGUCAUCUCAUUUAGUCUUCUUCUUCUUCAACCCUUCGACAUAAAAUCGAAUUGGGGAUUUUGGAAAAGCUAGGGUUCUAAAGAUCCCAAUUUCUGCUGAGCUUCAUAAGUGUUGAUCCCGAUGUCUUCAUCAGCUUCUUCAGGAGUGAGCGAUAGGUUCUCUGUGAGAGGAAGAGGGAUCCCAAGACAAUGUAAAUAUGGUCAAUUCUCUGUGAUUAAGACUUCAAACACUUUGAAAAAUCCGGGGAGACUCUUUCAUUGUUGUCCUUCCGGAUCAGAGGAGAAUAAGCAUCAUUUGUUUAGGUGGACCGACAUAUCCAUGGUCGAAGAGAUGGAAAUGGUUGAAAGUGUGGUUGAGAAGAUAGAAGGAGAUGUGGGAAGCUUAGCAAAAGGAUUACAUUAGCUUGAAGCUAUCAAAGAAAGGGCAGAAAGAUGUGAGAAAGAGAUUGUAUAUCUCAAAGAUGUCGUCAGUUUGUGUGAGAAAGAGGUACAAGAGUUACGAAGCUUCAAAAAUAUGGUUGUGUGUGGUGGUUUGGUCAUGGCUAUGGUGUACUAUGUCUUCUUUGCAUAAGAAUUCUAGUUUGUGUAAUGUUGUAAUGUAAUAUUGUUUAUGAGACUUUAAGCAACUCCAACUUGAACUUGUAAUAUUUAUGAGUAUUUGCAUAAGAAUUCUAGUUUGUGUAAUGUUGUCUUGUAGUAUUUUCAUCAAUUGAAUUUGGUUUUAAAA